CAUUGUAUGCUAUUCGGCCUGUAUGCCAGCGGUCAGUGCUAUCGGUGCUCCUUAGGACGUCCCUACCCUAAACCUAACCUAACCUUAACCAUUUUAAAUGUCAACUUCAAUGGGUUGUGGAGGUCCCAAGGAUCCCGGGUUGCACGGUCCCAACAUGGGCCCGGAAGUUGUCAGGUAAAAGACAGACCCGGAGAUGCUGCCGUCGCCAGAGACAACAAACAGAUAUUCUGACAUUAAAAAACUACAACAAUAGUCGUUCGCCAGUCAGCUGGUGAGAGAAUGAAUGCUGAUGACUGCAAUGGACGUUCAUAUAUGUCAGGCAGUGGAGGAGAGUCAGCGACGGAGCGAUGUGAAUUCUAUGGAGGUCUGAGGGUUCCAACAGUGACCACUCCAAACAGUCAACAGUCCUCUCCAAACAGAUCUCUUAUUGUGAACUCCAUUAAGGUAGAACUGUACAGUGACAAUGAGCCUGCAGGUUCUCCACAGCCAGAGAGAAGAGAUGGAGAGAGGGAUGCCAGAGGGGACAAGACAGAAGAGGGGAGUGGAGUAUGGGGAGGACCAGGAAAGGGUUACGAGGAGCUGGCCAGUCCUCAGCCUGCAUCCCAAUGUGACGUGUGUGGAAUGGUCUGCAUCGGGCCCAAUGUACUGACGGUGCACAAACGCAGCCACACAGGUGAGCGUCCAUUCCAGUGUACCCAGUGUGGAGCCUCUUUCACCCAGAAGGGGAACCUGCUGCGCCACAUAAAGCUGCACUCUGGAGAGAAAGCCUUUAAAUGUCCCUUCUGUAACUACGCCUGUCGCCGCCGGGACGCACUCUCUGGACACAUCCGCACACACGCUGUGUCCUCUCUGACAGUGGGUAAACUUUACAAAUGCAGUUACUGUGGUCGUAGCUACAAGCAGCAGAGUACCCUGGAGGAACACCUUGAACGCUGCCACAACUACCUAAAGAGUCUACAGGACCAUCAGCCAGCAUUCAGCACUGACCACACUGCACAGGGGAAGGAGUCCCCAGGCAUGGAGCCGAUGCCUGAGCCAGAGCCUGUCCUCCAGCCGUCCACUGAGAAACUGUCCUUCAUAGACAGGCUGGUCAACAGCGUCACCAAACGCAAGAGGUCCACACCACAGAAGUUUCUGGGAGAAAAGCACCUGAGGCUCAACAAGCGUGAUCUACCUUAUGAACGAUCCCCUGGCCCUGAAAAGGUUAAGAAUGGGGAUCUGCACUCUCACCUUGAGGGAGAAGCUGGUGCUGCAGGGUUAGCAGGGAUGGGGGGCAGGUUCCUCCGCAGCUGUGGAGGUGGUGAGGACCCUGGGUCUAAGCGACCUCAGCUGGCCCUGCCCCUGCCCUACCCUGCCUGCCUGUCCGACUCCAGACCAGUCAUCAGCUCUGUUUACAGCCACCUGACUCCUCUGGGUCCCCAGGUCAAUGGUGGAGCUGGAAAUGGUGAGGGUGUAGGUGUGGUAGUGGCCAUGUCUAUGGAGCUCGCUGGACGGGAAGCAGGCGAGAGACACAAGAAUGUACCCUCAGGUCACAGCCACAUCCACAGGCUCACUGUCAGCAACGGCCCAAGCAACGGCUGCCACGAUUUCAAAGACAAGUCCGACACGGAGGGCACAGCAGAGGAGCAGCUGUUUACAGCUCCAGCCAGCAACUCCAACAACCACCACCUCCUCCCUCAUCUACGUUACCUAUCUCCAGGCCUGCCCCGCAGCCGCACCCACCUCCGUCCAAACCCCAGCCAGGCCAACGACCCAGACAUAGAAAGAGAGCGAAGAGACAGGGCCUGCCCCGUUCCCAUCGUCACCACCAUCCCCACUACUGUGAAGGGAUCAGGAACCCCCGGUUUAGGGACACCCCCCAUCUCCAGGGAGGCUUCUAUACAGGUGGUGGACGGGGAGGGGCGAGCGGUGCGGUCAUUCCGCUGUGAGCACUGUCGCAUGUUCUUCCUGGACCAUGUGAUGUUCACCAUCCACAUGGGCUGCCACAGCAUCCGCCAGCCCUUCCAGUGCAGCGUCUGUGGCCACCACAGCCGGGACCGCUACCAGUUCACCUCGCACAUCAUCCGCGGGGAGCACCAGGUGGGCUGAGGAGGGGAGUUAAAGUGGCGAUCCGGUCCCAACUUGGCCCUACCCCUUCAAUGUUUACACAUAUCUGAAGGGUCUGGAAAGGGAUAAUCAGUGUAGUGGUGGAGCUUUCACUGAAUUGCUUCCACCUUACAGAUUUACACACAUCAAAGGGUACGGCCAAGGGUAGGAGUGGGAGCGAAUUGGGACUGGCUGGGGUAGGUGUGGUGAGGGAGGGAGGGGCAGAGGUGUCUGCUGCUUUAGGAAGACAUGGGCUCAGGUUUGUUCUGCACCACAUUACACACAGACAGACACACUGCCUUAACUGUUACAUAGCAGCAACCCUAGAUCAUCCUGCUGUGACUGAGAGAUUGCAUAUUGUUUACAACCGUUAAUUUAAUGAUUUUUAGAGUACGUGAUCAUGUGUAAAGGAAAUGAUGAUGAACGUGAAAUAUCCUGCCUAAGGUGACGUGGGUCCUUUUCUGUGGAUGGUUACAGAUUUCAGGGGUGGAGAAGUAGAGAGUUAAUAGGAGCCUUAUAAUUCUGGUGCAGAUCAGACUCUUGACCCGUCCAGUGAUAGAUAGGGCUUGACUGAGGUGGUCAUAUGGGAUUGAGGAUUGCACUUUUAGAUUAUUUGCUUAAAUGUGAUAAUAGUGUGAAGUGAAAAUGACUUUUAGCUUUGGAGGGUAUUUUUUUCUGAGAUUGCUGUAUUACACUGAUAAAUUAUAUUGUAACGCUUUACAUUAUGACUUUGUAUAAGAAGAAUGCUCUGCACAUCAGAUGAACAGUGUUUUAUAGGGUUUUCUUAAUGAGACGGGGCCAUCUACAGAACUGGGUAAUGUAUUGGUCUGUCCCUCCACUUAAAAUGGGUGCUUCAUUGACCAUAUUGUGACUGACAAUAUGUCCUGUCUUGUAAUCUCCAUCCCAAUUUACAGAGGUGACUCAAUGUCAACUUCCACAGAAUGUUGUAAUUUUGCACUGAAUGGUCCAGGAAACGAGGACUACUUUGAUGGGUAGACUCCAGUUGCACAAAUGGAAACUGAAUAGUGAGAAAAGCACUUACAAAAUAUUUCAGUCUAUCGAAGUUGAUCCAUUUUUGUAUAGGUAUGUGAAUAUCGGUAUGUUGUAGUGUGCGUUUAGCAUAGUUUUGGUAGAUAUGGUCAGCUAUAUCCCAAAUAGUGUCCAGCCACAGCACAAGCAACCCAUUAAUCCAGAAAAUGUUACCUCCUGCUAUUUUAAAGCAACCCGGAAACCUCUAAAUGUAUUUGAGUUUGUCGUUGUAGUGUGUGGAGUGUAUAACGUUUCAGACCAAAUUCAGUAUUUUAUGUGAAAUGUUUAGUCUGUUUGCAUCCUCCUGUGAAAAAGGGCAAACAAAUGUAUGGGUUCUUCAAAAAAACUCAAAUCAAAUUGUACUAUGAAUGCACUUGAUGUACAUAGGAUCAUUCUAUGAUGUGUGAAUGUGCUUAUCAGUUUCUCAUUCAUUUAUCCUUUCCACUGUGUGAUGACAAAUGAAUGAUGUAUGAACUGUGAUGGAACCUCAAGCAACAACAGAGAAAUCAGGGUUGCCAGGUCUAGCUAAAAUUUCUAGCCCAAUGACCAGAAAACCGGGCCAUUUUCUUUUUUUCAGCAAGAAAGGAGUUGCCACAUUUAUACAAUAAACAAUUUUUCCAUAAUGUUA